ACAACAUUAGCAUGCUAGCCAGAAUGUUUUGUUUGGUUAGCGUUGUCUUUGUUGUUUUUCGUUGUUGGUGUGUGACACUAUGCUGUUUGUUAGACGAUGAUUACAAUGCCAAUACAAAAGGUAACAGUUAACCAUGGUUAGGUUGAAAACAGAGAGAAGCCUUUAAGACACAAUAAUAUUUAUUUCGUCGUAAUACAUAGUUCAAUUAAUUAAGGAAAAGUCACGCAGCCUUCACAGCCCUUAAUGAUGAAUAAAAUUAUAGUCAACCCCAUUGUAAUAAAAAUAUAUAUGUAUAAAUAUAUUGGGUGGUAUUGGACUUUGGAACAUUGAGUUUGUAGGGCAUGUUGGAAGACGUUAUUAUUAUUAUUCUAUAUACAUUUAUAUUAUAAAAUAUAUUUAUGAAGUAACAAACUCUAUCUAUCUAUCUAUCUAUCUAUCUAUCUAUCUAUCUAUCUAUCUAUCUAUCUAUCUAUCUAUCUAUCUAUCUAUCUAUCUAUCUAUCUAUCAAUAACACCCCGGUAAAACUAUGUUGCUAUGUGUUUUUACUUGCUACCCUUUGCUUCUUUCCAGCAGUGCAAAUUGAUGGUGAAGGGAUAUGUAGGAGGGUGGUACGGCGAGGUGUGGGAGGUAAUUCAGGGCUGGCAGGAAGGUGCUGUCAGGAGAAGUAGAAAACAUAACCAGAGUGAAAACUAAGAAGUUGGAACAUAGUGGAAGUUGCCAAUGUUGCAAAUGAGAUAAAAAUAUGUCGAUCAAAAAAAAUGUAAAAAAGCCUUAAGCACGAUAAAUGAAGAAGAAGAUGGAGUGACAAAGUAUGUAUGUUUUUGUUGAUUUCAUUGUCCAGGGAAACACCUGAGCUAUCUGUAUCUGUAAUGUCUAUCUCUCCUCUGUUGUUAUGUAGUACGUCACUAGGCAGCCAUAAAACAUAUUUCACCCCCUUUUGGCUCCCCCUGCUACAACAUGCACUAUUCCUAGGUAUCAGGUGGGAAAACAAGUAUGUUUAUCCUUUUCUCAUCUGCUCAAUGCAAUAUUUUUUUUAAAGUUUGCUUUCACAGUGUAUAAGAUGAAAUUACUUGAGUAACAUUUAAAUACUGGGGAUAUUGCAAUGAAAUGCAUACAGUUGCAUAUAGUUACACAUUGAGAAAUAGUACAGAAAAUAAAUGCUGCAUUUUAAAACUGUAAUUCCAUCCAGUUCUAUACUGUAUAUUAUUGCUGGAUAUAAUAUUAAGUUCUUCCCAAAUAACAGUUACUAUUACUUAUUAUUGGUAAAUAGUUUAAAUCCCUUUUAUUAUUUUCUUCUGUUGUGGAAGCUUUUUUUAUUUCUACAUCAGCUUCUCAUUCUGUUUGUUGAGGUGUGUGUAAUGCUGAAGUAGGCAUUAACAACAGUGUGUGAAGUCAAACGUAGACGAGGGUGGGUUUUCAUGGCAGCCAUGAGUUUUAUUAGCAGCUUUGUUCACACAAAGAGAGAGGGGUGUGUACCUCUUUGUUCUGUCCUCUAUCUCUGGCUUUACUUUAUCAUUGUGUCUAUCGCCAUGGCAAUAUAUAGAUUAGUUCCGCCCACCUGCCCCACCCCAUUCAGUCUCUUUUACCAAUUCUUUUUUUGGCAGUCUUUCUUUGACUGUUUUAUUCUGGGUACUCCAUUCCAGAACAAUUCCUGUCGCCACUUUCUCUUUUUCUGAUGUGACUGCCUACUUUGUGUUUUUGUUUAGUGUGCCACAACACUGUACAUAACCUAACAUAAUUUUCACUCCAUGAAACCCUUUAGAUCGUCCACACUGCCCCUGUCAAUGUGUGGUUUUCACUCCCCAUCAGCAAACGCUGUGUUUUCUGGGCGUUUCUCAAGCGAAGCUGCUCGCCACACCUCUGUGCGGAAGCGCACACCUUUUUUGUUGUUGUGUUGUUUUUUUAUUAAAUUGGCUCCAUAGAUACAAGCCACCGCACGGUUAGGAUACAAUAGGUGGCAGUAGUGCGACAUUGAGGACGCAAUCCAACGCAAUCCUCCACAGAAGAAGACCCACUACAGGACUGCACGACAAUAGCCAGCUGGUUCGGUAGCGUAGUAGAACCAUACAUCUACGAUCCCGAAUCUGACCCUGAAGCUGAAGAGGGACUGUUGAAGUCACCACAUUUCGGCUGAUGCAAGAUGUGUCUCAUUGAUAAGAAUAACUGAAGCGUUGUCAUGCCUGUGGCUUCCACCAGGACAGAGCCUGUACCACAGGUCUCAGACACAAUGAGUGACAGCACUACUAGCUCUACCACAGCAAAUGAUCUGGACCUCAUCUACCUCAAAGGAAUCAUGGAAAGCCCUCUGGAGCAAGAGGAGAGCCUAAAAGAGCCACGUCUGUCACCGGUUAGGGAGAACAAUGUGGAGCUUUUGCAAGAGAUCCUCAAAGACCUGCACCCUUUCACACACCACUCUGACACAGCAGCUGAACUUGCCCACAUACUCACACAGCCUCACAUCCAGUCUCUGCUGGAGACACAUGAUUCAGUGGCAUCCCAGACAUGUGAAAGCCCACCCCUUAGCCCAAGUGAUUAUGUGGAUCAUGAGCUGGAGGAUGGCCACACAUCCAAUUUGUGCCUGGCUCCUGAUGCAAUCCGCAUGGUUGGCAUUCGCAAAGUGGCCGGGGAGCCUCUGGGUGUGACGUUUAAAGUUGAGGGUGGUGACCUGGUGAUAGCCCGCAUCCUUCAUGGUGGAAUAAUAGACCAGCAAGCCCUCCUGCAUGUGGGCGAUAUCAUUAAAGAGGCAAAUGGGCGAGAGGUGGGCCAGGACCCAAGAGUGCUUCAAGAGGAGCUGCAAGCAGCUAGUGGAAUUGUGGUUCUGAAAAUACUGCCCAGCUACCAUGAAGCUAUUACACCAAGACAGGUUUUCUUUAAGUGUCACUAUGACUAUGACCCAGCCAGUGACAACCUGAUUCCCUGUAAAGAAGCAGGCUUAAGGUUUGAGACAGGAGACAUUCUGCAGAUAGUCAACCAGGAUGACAUUAACUGGUGGCAGGCUCGUCAUGUGGAGGGUGGAAACACAGGGCUAAUACCCAGUCAAAUGUUGGAGGAGAAAAGGAAAGCCUUUGUCAAACGAGAUAUAGAACUGGCUCCUGCAGGUAAUCUGUGUAUUGGUGUUGGAGGGAAGAAAAAAAAGAAAAUGAUGUAUGUGACCACAAAAAAUGCAGAGUUUGAUAGACAUGAGAUACUGUUGUAUGAGGAGGUGGCCAAGGUCCCGCCUUUCAAAAGGAAAACUCUUAUAUUGAUUGGUGCCCAGAGUGUGGGGAGGCGAAGACUAAAGACCAAGCUUCUCUUAAGGGAUUCACAACUCUUUGGCACCACAAUACCAUAUACUUCCAGAAAGCCUAAAAAGGGGGAGCGGGAAAAUAGGAUGUACGCCUUUACCAGUCGCAGUAGCAUGGAGACUGAUAUUAAAAAUGGGCGUUAUCUUGAACAUGGAGAGUAUGAUGGCAACCUCUAUGGAAUCAGGAUAGACUCUAUACAUGAGGUGGUUGAGGCAGGACGCAUCUGCAUACUGGAUGCCAAUCCUCAGUCCCUCAAAGUGCUGAGAACCUCAGAGUUCUUGCCCUACGUUGUAUUCCUUCAGUCUCCAGACUUUGAGGUGCUUAAAGCAAUGAACCAAACGGCUGUGGAUGCAGGGGUGGUUACUAAAACAAUGACAGACGAAGAACUACAAAGAAUCUGUGAUGAGAGUACAAAAAUCCAAACAGCCUUUGGUCACUACUUUGACUUCAGCAUUAUAAAUAAUAACCUGGAUGAGACCUAUCGCACAGUCAAAGCAGCCCUGGAAACGGUUUCUAAAAACCCACAAUGGGUUCCUGUCAACUGGGUGUUUUAAUUUAAGGUUUGGGUAAUUAAAUUUGUCUUUAGGAGCAAAUCUUAAGAGCACAAAAGCUGCUCAAGCAGCAUUUUUUAAAGUAUGGUAUAUGAAAGUAAGUCAUUCAUUAUUAUUCAGGAUUAUAUUCUUCAGGACAAUAAAAUACUGUAACCCUUUUGUGUCAAAUAUUUUGUGCCAUGUGAUCUUCAGCAAACUGGAAUUGAUUAGCCUUGGUGGGAGAGUUUUUAGUAAAACCCAAAAGUAUUUACUUACAAACAAUGAAAUGAACAAUGUAAAUAUUUCUGUUACAGUCAGAAAUAUCUGGUACCACUUCUGGCUGGCUGUGGAAAAUAGAUAUCUUAAUGUAACUUUUAUUGUAUUUACCAACAAUACUGAGGAAAAAUAACAGUCCAUCUGUGCUCUGUCUGAGCUGCGUGCCUUUCUUGUGGUGGCUAUGUAAAAUAAUUAGACAAACUCACAGACACAUAUAGUAAUGAUGAUAAAAAGAUAUGCAGCUCUAAAUAAAACACGUUUAAAGCAUAAUUUUACAGUCAGACACUGGUAUUGUCAAACAUCUGGAUCCAAUUCCAUAGUCUAAAAACCCUCUAUAAAAAUAUGCGUACACAAACAUUGAGGAAUUAUAUAGAGGCUUUAUUUUACUAUGAUAUUGUACCCACAAAUUGUUUUAUAAUUUGCACUUCAGUUUUGUAGUAUGUAUAUAAUUGAUCGUUUUUUUUUCACCGCAAUUUACCUAGUUCCUAUUUGCCAUAGGCAACACUUUAGUGAAAACUUUCAGAAUGUCACAGUACCGAUGCAUACAGGAGCCUACAAGUGCACACAACUUUCUUUAUCAAAUUUAAAAACUAAGUUUCAAUAAAUUAGUGUUUUGCUUUUUGGAUGUUCUAAAUCCCUCUGCCCCGUAGAUGUACUGUAGCCUUCUCAAUGGUGCCAACUGUAAAAUGCUCUUUGAGCAACUUGUUUUUAGUCAGAACUUCUAUUGUGGCAGCUAAAUACUAAUAAGUACUGAAUACUUCUGAUGCACAAUGAAUUGUUACUGAUAAAUAGUAAUUUUUUAUGACAUAUACAUAAUAAAUAAAGAAGGAUAAAAAACAACAACACAGUUGAUCAGUCUUUGUAAAAUAGCAUUUAUAGUACACUGAUUUUAAUAGUGGCUUGAGCAGAUUUUUGCCUGACAGCUAUAUAUAGAUUUCGGGAGUGUCUGCUGUUUGUUCUCUCAAGGACAUUCCAAAAUCACAAUCAGUGUCUUUUUAAAAAAUAAUUUCUCAAAUGUAAUAAAACAAUGUUGUCACUGUAUUGUUUUUAUCAUGCAUUUAAAAUAGGAUCUUAAUUUAACAUUUAAUUAUCAUGUCUGUGUUUAAAACUCUGGCGCUCAUACGAUACCAUGUACACUACAUACUACUACAAAGUAAUAGUCUUUCAUUGAAACGCAGUAAGGUAACACAUAUAAGUUUCAUAAUAUUUUCAUCCACUCAAUUUAAUUGUUAGACUUCCUAAGCCACAGUAUGUAUCAAAUUUAAUACACAUACAAGUACUGUGAAUUUUGAAAUGGUGUCAUUGGGGGUUGUUCUAAACAAAUUCAUUACAUGGUUUAUAUGGGCACCCGAUGACUAUAUAAAAAAGUGAGUAAUUUGACUGUACCAGACUUAUUCUUGUUCUGUACAUCUUAGCAAUAUUGUAGAAAUAGAACAUAAAGUUGCAUAAAAUAUAGGUUUGCUUAUCUUAUCUGUAACGCUCAUCCUAAUUAUUAAUCAUCUAAAUGUUGGUAAAAUAUGGUCUAGCCCUGAAUUGUUGUAAAGAUUUAGUCUACAUUUCAGAUAAACCUUAGUCACCCUGCUAAUGUACAGUAGUUCAGAAUUUAGAAUUUGUGUUGAAAACAUUGCUAUUUUCAGGCUACUCUUGCAUAACCUAUUGGUCAGUGAGUGAUAGAUAGAAAUUAUGUCAAAUUAUGUCACCUCAGAGCUACAGUAUGUAUUCUAGCACCAACCUUUUUUUAAGCUAAAGGAUUAAAUUGUGCUUCAAUUUUUUUUGGUGUAGAACUGAUUAUUGCUAAAUUAGAAAUGGUUUAUGCUCAAGUCUCUGCUGAAUAAAAAAUUUAAUUGCUUGA